CCCUAAACUACCUCACCCAAAAGCAGAAAAGCUUAUAUCCCAUUAGCUAUACUUUCAAUUCUGCUAUAUAUCUUUACUAGUUUAUAACUUAGCAGCAACUAAACAUGCCAGUUUCUGAGAUUCCUUCGGUGGUUUUAGGAUCCUCCUCUGGGGAAGUGAAGAUGCCAGUGAUAGGGAUGGGUUCUGCACCAGACUUCACCUGCAAGGCCGACACGAAAGAAGCCAUCAUAGAAGCCAUAAGGCAGGGCUAUCGCCACUUCGAUACUGCCUCUGCUUAUGGCUCCGAAGCUGCUCUCGGAGAAGCCAUUAAAGAGGCUCUCGAGCUCGGACUCGUCCCCUCCAGACAACACCUCUUCGUCACCUCCAAGCUCUGGUGCACCAACAACCACCCUCACCUCGUUCUUCCUGCCCUCCAGAACUCUCUCAGGACUCUUCAGCUGGAGUACUUGGACCUGUAUCUAAUUCACUGGCCCAUCGCUGCGAAGCCAGGCAAGUUCGCGUUCCCCAUAGAGGCAGAAGACGUGGUGCCUCUGGAUUUGAAGGGAGUGUGGGCCGCCAUGGAAGAGUGCCAGAGACUCGGCCUCGCCAGGGCCAUCGGAGUCAGCAACUUCUCCGUCAAGAAGCUCCAAGAUCUGCUCUCAUUCGCCACCAUUCCUCCCGCGGUGAAUCAGGUGGAGAUGAACCUGGCGUGGCAGCAGAAGAAGCUUCUGGGAUACUGCAGGGAGAAAAGGAUAGUGAUGACGGCGUUUUCGCCGCUGAGGAAGGGAGCGAGCAGGGGGCCGAACGAGGCGAUGGAGAGCGAUGUGGUGAAGGAGAUAGCAGAAGAGAGGGGCAAGUCCAGCGCUCAGGUUUGCCUGAGAUGGCUCUACGAGCAAGGAGUGACGUUCGUGCCAAAGAGCUACAACAAAGAUAGAAUGAAGCAGAACCUCCACAUCUUCGACUGGUCCUUGACUGAAGAUGAUCAUCGCAAAAUCAGUCAAAUAAAGCACCAGCGUUUGAUCCAGGGACCAACGAAGCCCCAGCUUCCAGAUCUCUACGAUGACGAAAUAUAAACAGCAAAUAAUAUUUGAUUCAUCGGGACGUCGUCCACGAUGGAGGACCCACAAAUAAAACCACUAAUAUUUCGCGUUCAGUUUAUCUCUUCUUUUCUUCUUCUUUGAAGUGGGUUGAGGUGAUUGGUUCUGUGUGUAUCAUGCAUAUAUUCAUCUUGACAAUGUGAUGAUACACACGCUCACACACACACAAAAUAUAUAUAUAUAUAUAUAUAUAAUACAUACUGUCUUCAUCUUUAUAUAUAAAAUGUUUUUUAAAACUUUUA